AUGAAAUGCGAUCAUGAGGACUCGGACUUCUUUGCUGAACAGAGCCACAGAGCGGAGAAGAACAAGAGUGAGGGAAAAAGUAUAAGAUCGGGACGGGUUGAGCAGCUGUUCACCGUUCAGUUCAACAAUAGCCAAACUUCAACAUUCGAGAAGAGAGAAACCAAGAAAAGUAAAGUCACCACCAAGAACGAAGCCAAGAUCGCAACCCACCUCCAAUAG